CAAGCUCCCCCGAUUCCCAUUCGGCAGACCCGACAUUGCCGUCCCGAUCAGCUCUUUAACCAACCCCGACCCCUCCCUCCGCUCGACUCGACUCGACUCUCCUCGACUUUUUUUGACAUCAUCGUCAAUUGCAUUUAUCACAAGCUUGCCUAUAAUACUCUUCAAAAUGGCUUCCGCUCUCCUCCGUUCACUCCCGCCCUCCGCGCCGGCCUGCGCGCCCGCUCAACCCCUCUCGCCACCAUGGCCACAACCAGCUUCGUGCGCAACAAGGCUACCCUCCCCGAUCUUCCCUACGACUAUGGCGCUCUUGAGCCUUACAUCUCCGGCCAGAUCAUGGAGCUUCACCACUCCAAGCACCACCAGACCUAUGUCACCGGCUUCAACAACGCUACCGACGCCCUCGCUGAAGCCCAGCACAAGAACGACGCCAAGGCCGCUGCUGCUCAAGCUCCUCUGAUCAACUUCCACGGUGGUGGCCAUGUUAACCACUCUCUCUUCUGGGAGAACCUUGCUCCCAAUGGCAAGGGCGGUGGUGGUGAGCCUGAGGGCAAGCUUCUGACUGCUAUCAACGAGGACUUUGGCUCCUUCGACUCCUUCAAGAAGCAGACCAACGCUACUCUCGCUGGCAUCCAGGGCUCCGGCUGGGCCUGGCUCGUCAAGGACAAGAACUCUGGCACUCUGUCCAUUGUCACCCGACCCAACCAGGACCCCGUCACUGGCACUCUUGAGCCUCUUCUCGGUAUUGACGCUUGGGAGCACGCUUACUACCUCCAGUACCAGAACCGCAAGGCUGAGUACUUCAGCGCCAUUUGGGAGGUCAUUAACUGGGGCACUGUUUCCAAGCGAUUCGAGAAAUAAAUAUGUUCGUGUUAGCUAAGUACAAAGCCCAAAAGUGUUGAAGGGGGAAAAUAGCGAUAACGUGUACGCAACCAAGGUCGGCGUUUCGUGACCAUGCGUCGCCUGUUUGUUUGUCAAGAUACCGAGUGUAUAGUACCUUGAGGUUUAAUAAGAGAACUUGAAAAGAGUCGAUACGUGCAGUCUCCAGAAGGCAAGAAAUGAGACGGAUGUUCUUGGUGAUGAUGCCUCAGGUGAAGUUAGUAUAUCUGAGGCCGAAUUUCAGGCUGGUUUCAACAAUUUUAUUGAAUAUCGGAAGCUUCCCGGCUCCCUGCUGAGCCUUCAACCAGGGCUUACAAUAUCUGAUGCCCCAUCCAUGAUUCCAUCGUCACAUCCCAUAGGGAUUCGCCAAACCAGGAGUUGUGGCUCUUUCCGAUAGCCCCGAUCAAUCAGCCCGCACAUCUUCAAAACAUAAAACUUCAUCAUUUGCUGGAAAAUACACCGAGGCCUUCCGAUUUCGCUCACGUAUUGCGUCUACUUGACGUCAGUCAGAGCCAAAACAUUGCCUCAGCUUGCCAAACAAAAAACAGCCGUGUCACAGGCCCUCAAGAUCAGGGCUGCUGACAUCUCGCAAUUCCCUGGUAGGCAGCCAACUCAGCCGGGAACGCCUCUUCAAAGAUCUCAGCUGCGUAGCUGUACCAGUCACUGUUCGCCUCGGAAGUUCUGGCCUCGAAGAACCGUGCGUACUCCCACCAAACUGGAUACUGUCCUGCGCAGUCCCAACCAAGGAUCCAGCUGAUGAGGUUGUUGGAGAAACAAUGUUCUUGGGGCACAAGGCCCCAUGGGUGAGCACCGAAGGAU